GCAGGUGCGUGUCCAGCGGUGGGCACAGGGCGCCGAGUUUCCAGCACAGCCGGAGCCGCCCCGGGGGCGAGGGGGCUCCUGGCUCCCCAGGGUCCCGCAGCGGGAGGCCCCGUUCCAUUGGGGUCCGCUGGCGGCGCCGGGGUGGCAGCCCCGGGCCAUGGCAGUGCGGGGAGGGCAGACACCGAUCCGGCCUCUCGUCUGCUGCGGGGCGGCCUGUAAGGCCGCUUCUCCUGAUACCGGGCCCGGUGUCACGCGUGGGGCGGGGGGAGCCCCUGUGUGGAUCACUGAGCCCCGUGUGCGUGCACGCCACCCACCCAUCUGUGCAGUGGGGAUAAUAAUGUUCACUAAAGACUGAACGAUAAUGUUUUUCUAAAGGGAUUUUUAGAGCUUUCUGCAAAAAUGAACCAGUAGCAAUUACACUCAGUCUUGGACAAGUCUAGAGAUAACUGCUUGGAUACAACACUCUCUCCUAAAUAUGAAGUUUUUUAAUAUGCUUCUCAGAAGCAUUGUGAGACGUUCUGUUUUUCCGUUUGCUAUGCAGAGUGGGACAAAAAAAGAUUUGUUUUUAACAACUCCCCAGAGGUCAUUUCCAUGUAGAACACUGAUUUUGUCUCCUGCCCUGAAGAAGCAGAUUUCAUCCAGCCCCACUGAGAAGCUAGAUUUGGAUGGGUGGAAAAAUGUCAUGAGAUCUGGAAUGCAAGAGGAAGUCGGUGAGGCAUCUGAGAGUGAGGAAGAUUCCACUUUAGCUGCCACAAGGGAACUUGUGGAGAUGUGGAGGCUAGCUGGCAAAACUGUUCCAGAAAAUAUCAGUGAAGAAGAGUUAAAGAUCCUUAUGGAAUGUUCCACUAAGUCAUCCAAAAAGAAGUAUUUAAAAUACUUAGCUGUCAAAGAAAAAGUGAAGAAAGCUAGUAAAGUAAAGCAGGAAAAGCAAAAGGAAGCAAAGAGGGAAAGGCUGGAAAAGGCUAAAGAAAAUGAUACUGGUGAGCUGAAGAACACUUUCUUAUUACAGUUUUGGUCCAAGUCUAUGGAUAGGAUGUAUAACUGGAGGACUGCUCAGGCUAUGAUCUUUGGCCAGCCUCUAGUAUUUGACAUGGCUUACGAAAAUUACAUGUCACGUAGAGAAAUGGAGAACACAGUGAAUCAGCUAAUGGAGACCGAAGGGUGGAAUCGAAGAGCUAUGGAUCCUUUUCACUUACAUUUCUGUAAUAUCAAAGUAGAUGGCCCAUAUCAUAAAGAAUUUGUCAAGCGCUAUGGAGAGGCAUGGGAUAAUUUACUUGUGACUGUGACAGAACAGUCUCACACAGAUGUCUUUCCAAGCGACAAGCUCAUCUACUUAACUGCUGACUCUCCCAAUGUAAUGAAGAAGUUUGAGCAUGAUAAAAUUUAUAUAGUUGGAUCAAUGGUUGACAGGAAUAUACAGACUGGAAUCUCUCUUGCACAUGCAAAACGCUUGAAAUUAACAACUGAACGUCUUCCACUGGAGAGGUACUUGAAGUGGGAAACUGGUGCCAAAAAUCUCACAUUGGACCAAAUGAUUCGUAUUUUAUUAACUUUAAAAGAUACUGGAGAUUGGAUGGAGGCGCUGAAAUUUGUUCCAAAAAGAAAAUACGAAGCUUUUGUAGAUACAUCCUUCUAUUCAAAGCAUAAAACUGAUACAGGGAGAAGAACAAAGGUGUUUGAGUUUAGCAAUAGUCAGGAAAAAGUAAAGAAGCCCUUUGUAGAGAAUUCCUUCAGGAAGCAAACAGAGAAAAAAUGGUGGAUAGCUGAAGAAUCUUAAGGGCAAACUAUACUGUUAAUAGGCUUAAAUUUCCAUUGACUUCUGUGGGAAUUUGAUGAAAAAACUGAAGGGUAAAAGAGUAACUAGAACUGCUGUCUGAUAUGGGUUUUUUAUAACCUUUGUAUUACAGUUAUUUAAACAGAAGCUUAACGGGAUUGUUCCCUCCCCAACGCGCCCCCCCCCAAAAAAAAUCCAUGAGGAAAAGCUGUGAUGAUCAAAUCUACAAAUUGCACUAUAAGAAUGUAAUUAAAUUGAAUAAAACUAUAGUGGAUAUAACUUCAUUUAAACCCUUACUUGUUUAACACCAAAUGCUGUAAUGCGCUUGAUUAGUUCAUGGACUGAAAUAUGGUAAAUAUAGACACUGUAAGAGGCUAGCUGGAUACUAUUAAUCUAGUGGAUGUACUACAAAUGCCUUAGUAAAUAUUUGCAGAUCUUAGCCUUUCUAUUUGUUUACAACACUAAUAAUGUCUUGAAUAGUGAUCUUAGAAUGUAGUUGAUUUGCCCACUGGCUCUUAACCCAGUGAAUAAGUUGUGAUUUUGUUUUCCUAGGGUGUUCUUUUUGUUUUUUGUUUUGUUUUUGGGGGAGGGGAGGGCAAGUAGGGAGUUUGCUCCAUGGUGUUUUAGAAAGAUCUCGUUAUGAUGUUACAUCAUUUAUUCAUUCAAAGUAUUUUAGUAUCUGAUGUGAUGAUGCCUUGUGAAUGUAAACAUAAGACAAUCUGACCUGCGGUUCUAAAAUUCACUCACCUUGUGGAAGAAAGCGAUGUGGACCUGUGAAAGACUUUUUUUUUUAAAAAAUAUAUGCAUUUUUGUCCCUUUUA